UUAGAUUUGUUGUUGUUUCGCCGAGUUUCGGACGUGUAUUUUUUUGUUUAACGCAACGCAAUUUUACCAAGUCCAUCCAAUUAAUAAACGUAGCUGCCUCGUUGAAUUGGCAACACUUACUCCAUAGCCCUAACAGUGGAUAAGUAAACGGCAUUCGGUUUCGGUCUCGCGCUUAGCAAUCAACAAUAAAAUAAACAAAAGCUGAAAAACUUGGUGUAAAAAAUUGCUAACGUCAAAUCAAAGGCACAACAUUUUAAUGCUAGUGUAAAUAGUAGUAGUAGGAAGUGCAACGAUUCAAGCUGAAAGAAACAGCGAAAGUUAACAUUUAUUAUUACGCACACAAACACUUAACGUUGCAGCGAAAGCAACAAAGCAGGAGCUGAAGGAGGCAGCAGCGCCGCACAAAGAAAAAAAACACAAAACACACGAGCGUACUUCAAAGUACUUUUUUUUUGUUGUAUUAUUUAUAUUUUUUUUUAUCUAUUUUAACCGCGUGAGUGUGCGUGUGUGAGCAAUAAUGGCACCAGCACUAAGUAAAUUGGCCAACAACCAAAGCGCCAUCGUUGGUGCUGCGGGCAUAACCGCAGCGCUAUGGAUAAUUGCAUAUGGCAAAAUGUCCAACAAAAAGAGAAAGUCUGGCUAUGAGGAUAAAAUCCAAUACACUAUAUCCGAAAAGAAGGACAAAAAGUCAAGCAAGGCACAUGUGAACUCAGUAUUCUUCAAACAGCUGCGGCAGCUGCUGCCCAUACUCAUACCCAGAUUCUGGAGCAUGGAGACGGGUCUGUUGCUGCUAGUGGCGGCUGCGCUGAUUGGACGCUCGGUGAGCGACAUUUGGAUGAUACAGAAUGCCACAGUAGUGGAGAGCACCAUUAUACAUAUGAAUCGCGCCAAGUUCAAGACAGCAUUGCUUAAAUAUUUGGCUGCACUGCCAGCGAUAUCUGUGGUUACCAACGUCUUGAAGUGGAGCUUGGGCGAGCUGAAGCUGCGUUUUCGCACAAAUCUAACGCAUCAUUUGUACAGUCAAUACCUCAACGGCUAUACUUACUAUAAAAUGUCCAAUUUGGAUAACCGAAUAGCCAAUGCCGAUCAGCUGCUUACAACGGACAUUGACAAGUUCUGCGAAAGCGCCACAGACUUGUAUUCAAACAUAAGCAAACCUGUGCUGGAUAUAUUCAUCUAUGUCUAUCGCCUGACUGUCAAUUUGGGCGGCAAGACACCGUCCAUACUUAUGUUGUAUUUGCUAUUUGCGGGCAUCUUUCUAACACGACUGCGUCGUCCCACCGGCCGUCUGACGGUCGAGGAGCAGAAGCUGGAGGGCGAGUUCCGUUAUGUGAAUAGCAGACUUAUAACCAAUUCGGAGGAGGUGGCCUUCUAUCAGGGCAAUGUGCGUGAGAAGCUUACGCUGCUGGCCAGCUACUCCAAGCUGCGUUCGCAUCUGCGCAAAUUCCUUGAAUUUCGCGUUAGCAUGGGCAUCAUUGAUAAUAUUGUGGGCAAAUACUUUGCUUCCAUUGUGGGCUUCUAUGCUGUAUCCAUACCCUUCUUUUCCGAGAACCAUCCACUGCUCUCUGGUGAGCACAGCGGUCAACGCUUGCAGGCCUAUUACACUUAUGGACGCAUGCUGGUCAAGCUGGCCGAGGCCAUUGGUCGUCUGGUGCUGGCGGGACGUGAGAUGUCACGUCUGGCUGGCUUUACGGCACGCAUGACGGAGCUGAUCAAGGUGCUGAGCGAUCUCAACAAGGGCACAUAUGAGCGCACCAUGGUCAAUGGCAAUAGCAUUACCCAAAAUGGCAGCGAUGCGGCCAGUGGCAGCAGCUUUGGUCCCAACAAGGGCAUCAUGUGCUUCGAGGAUAAUAUUAUACGCUUCGAAAAGGUGCCACUGGUCACACCCAAUGGCGAUGUGCUGCUCAAGGAGCUGAGCUUUGAAGUCAAAUCUGGCACCAAUGUUUUGGUCUGUGGACCCAAUGGCUGUGGCAAAUCCUCGCUGUUUCGCAUUCUGGGUGAGCUGUGGCCCACGUGGGGUGGCAAGGUGACCAAACCGUCGCGUGGCAAGCUUUUCUAUAUACCACAACGUCCCUACAUGACGCUGGGCAGUCUACGUGACCAGAUUAUUUAUCCACAUACACGCGAAGAUAUGCGUCGCUUGGGCAAAUCGGAUGAAGAUCUCAUGCAUUAUUUGGAUAUAGUGCAGCUGACCUAUUUGGAGCAGCGCGAGAAUGGCCUGGAUGCCAUUGAGGAUUGGAUCGAUGUGUUGUCCGGCGGCGAGAAGCAGCGCAUUGCCAUGGCGCGUCUGUUCUAUCAUCGGCCACAGUUUGCCAUCUUGGACGAGUGCACCAGUGCAGUCUCUGUCGAUGUUGAGGGCAAAAUGUAUAGCUAUUGCCGCGAGGCUGGCAUUACGCUCUUCACUGUAUCGCAUCGCAAAUCCUUGUGGGUGCAUCACGAUUACUAUCUGCAGUUCGAUGGACGUGGCAGCUAUGAGUUUGCUACUAUCGAUCAGGACAAGGAACACUUUGGCUCCUAAGCACAAACACACACACACACACACAAACAAAACUUAAACUAAAAUGUAAAACUUGUUAUUGUUGUCAAUAUCCCUUCCUUGCUGACUGGACACCGCUCGUCGUCGUCAUCGUCGUUGUCGUCGUCGUUUGUUUGCCUUCCUAUUGUGCUUCUUGGUGUGCUGUAAAUAUAUAUAUAUAGAGUUAUAUAUGUAGCUAUAACAAAUGUGUAGCCAUUCCACACACGUUAAUCUUCUUCUUAUGCUUUGACGACUUGUUUUAAUUAUAUAUCUUCCUGCAAGAACUGCUGCGCUCUCUCCAUGGAACGUUCGAGCUGUAUGCUGGGUGUUAGUCAUAUAAGAGCUUAAAGUAAACGACAAUUGAUAAUCGUAAACGACUUUCUAGCGAACAUUUAGAAAAUUUACACACACACGCAUAUUUUUCAUGUAUAUGCAAUAAAUUGUAAUUUAUAAAUUAAUAAUAUA